ACACGAACAUAGCACAAUAUUCCCGCCAUUAUGUCUCCAUAAUAAGCGCUUGAUUGUACAUUGAUUGCCAGUGGGAGAGGACUUGAUGGAGAUGAGGAAUACAGAUUGUUCGGUCGGCGCUCCUCAAUUACCGGUAAUCUGCAUCCAUGGCCUCCGAUCAACCGAGCGACGAACUCCCACAACCACAACACUUAUUCGUCAGAGCUGAUGAAGUCGACUCGGGAACUUCCAUAUUGUCCCCUAGCACGGGACUACCAUUGAGCGCUCUGAGUCCCUCUGAUGGUGCUCCUGCCGUGGGCACCGCUAAGGCACCACCACGCCCAGCCUUAAGACGCGAGGGCACUGCACCACCACCCCCACCACCUUCUCAACCGCCACCAGCUCCACCAGCUCCGCCAGCACAACCAGAUCCGACAGACUCACUGAGUUUACCACAAUUAAGGCAGCUGGUCGGCCAAUUCCCGAAGCCCGAGCAGCAAGCAUACGCCUUUCAAUACAGCGAUGCUGAAGACUUCGAGCACGAGGUCGACGAGUGGUUCCAUUAUACGGAGCUAGAGCAAGAUCGUGAUUACCUAUUGGCGUCUCGUGAAGCGUUCGAACAGCGAUGGAAAUCUUUCUGUCAGGAAGAGGAGAUAUCCGAGGAGUCGACUUUCAUUGCCGUGAAUGACCGUCAUCGGCAGCUUUUCCUUUCAAACCUCAGAGAGGAGCUGGCAUAUACGUACUACAACACCCGUCUGGACGCCCUCUGUUGUGUAUUCUACAUCUUGACAGGUGUGUGGAGUGUGACCUCUGGCAUAGAAUCGAAGGAUGAGGUGGGUGAUGUUGAGUCACCGUCUCAACCGGAAGCUGAUCGAACCAAUGCGGUCCAAGUGCAGUGGAUGCACAAAGGAGCAGACGAAAUCCAACAAAAUGCGCUCAUACCCCAACUGUACGCCCGUCUGGUCCAAGCUGCGAAGGCUCCUGAUUCUACCCGUGCACCUCAGAAUGCCGAUGGCGAGGAUUUGAGUGACGGAGCCUUUGGCGAGAGGGAGUAUCGGGAACUCAGUCUGUGCCUCUCAUGUUUCUACCUCCUGCUUGAGUCGGCAAGAGUUAGGAUCAAUACACCCGCUGGAAAAGACUUACGGCAGUCGAUCGCUUCAUUACAGCCUAAUUUUCUCGUGUUUCUCACCAGCAUUAUUUCACGAUUACGAUGGGACGAAUCAUACAAUAUACCCCUAAUGCAUGCACUACAACUGCUUUGGAAGUCGAUCCUCGUUCUGUUUGGCGACCUGACGGAACAUUUGGAGAAGAUAAAACGCAUCCUGCAACCACGGGUUGACUCAUUCUCUGCUGAUGCUGCGCAUCCAGUCCUUACCGCAUCUCCUCUGGACUACCAUCAGUUCAGGCAAGAGAUAACUUCGAAAUAUCCUGCUUACAAUCCUCCACUGCCAUUAAUACCACUGGAGGUUGAUCAGAAAACAAUGCUGCCGCCAUUGGCGCAACAGACACGACCAGAGCCGGGCAUAGCGGUACAAGCUAUGCCAGGUGCCGCAACCAGGGGAUCCAUCUUUCAUCAACCUGUUCACAUUGCGACUCCGGCCCCUUCCCCUCCACCAUCACCAAUCGGACCAGGUGGCAAGGCCGGGAAGAAACAGAACUAUCAGACGAAUCAGAACUUUCCUUUCCUUUAUCCUCCCCUAGAUAGCUCAAGCAACACCAUUGGCGGCAAGGGUUCGACAGAGAUACAAGACCUGAUGGUGGGAAAGAAAUGGGAUGGGAGUGAUAUUCCUUUCUCAAUCAUCGAAGCUGGAGAGUUGUUCGCAAGUCGGAUGAGGAUGACAAGGGCGAUGCGUCAGCUUUGGAAGGAGCGAGAUCUCUUCAUAAAAUAUGAGAGGGGCUGGCGUGCCGACCAGAGCGGUGUUUCCAAUUUGGGUGAUGGAGGUGCUAAUGAGGAAAACGAGCUUGACAGCUUAGAGCCUGAUCUACGCUCUCGUAUGGAUGCCGUGGAAGAGUUUUUCCAGCAAGCUUUGCCUGAUCUGCAGUCGUUGGUAAUCGUCAUGAUGAAAGUCAUGCUCACCAACGUACAAGACAUUGCUGUUAGGAACGGCGGUCUUCAAGACUCGGCGCAAACAGGAGGUCUCAACCGGUCCAAAUCGAACUCCAAUAUGGCCCAAGCCCAGACCCUGCCGAUGCCACCACCACCGCCACGUCCAGCUGACAUGACUCUGGAAGAUCUUGAUAAUGUCCGGUCUCGAGAGAUCAGCCAGAAAGCGGUGUCAGGGGCCAUCUUUUUGCUACUGAAAUGGAUGAAAGUGUCGCACAUUCUGAAGUUCGAGUAUAUGACACAACUACUGCUGGACUCUAACUACAUCCAGCUGACGCUCAAGUAUUUUGCUCAUCAGAAUUUGGAAGAUCUCGUGGCCUUCAAGUACGACCGAGACGACCUUAGCGUGUGGCGUUACUGUCACGUCCAUUCCGAUCAUCCUCCACUAUCCCCUACGAGUCCGGAUGACAGAUCGGAAACCUCGAGCGCAGACGAAGCAAUGCCCCCUCCUAUUUCGCGACAUAGAAGGUCUCCGACUUCCAAACCUGAUGGACAACCUUCUGAGCCGAAUCCGGCACAGCAAGGAGCGGAUGGACAAGCACGUCCCUCGGUCGAUGAACUUGGUAAUCCACUCGGUCCUCUUCCAGCCACGCCAAUCACGACCUAUUCAUUCCGCCAGUUUCAGACAGCUAUUCACCUGCUUAGAGUUCUCCAGAAAUUGACCCGCGGCAAAUCUCACCGCAUCCUCUUCCUUGUACAGUUCAAAUCAUCUCAGAUUCUCCGCCGAGUCCUCCGCGUGCCGGAUCCUACAUUGCGCCUGUACGUCUUGAAAUUGUUCAAGUCCCAGGUCCCCUAUUGCGGCCGCAAGUGGCGACAAAGCAACAUGCGUGUCAUCACGGCAAUAUACCUGCAUUGCCGCCCUGAACUGAGGGACGAAUGGCUGGCAGGCAUGCACGACGCCAGCGUCGAGGGCGAGGUCGACGAGGCGGUACCGCUGGAAUGGGCCUUGAGAGGUUUGACAUUCUGGUGGCAAAAACGCGUGUAUCCGGGAGUUAUGAGGCGGGGAAAACGAGGCAGCAAGGCAAAAGCAAAGGGGAAGAAGCCAGCAAUGGAUAAGAGCAAGGGGCCCGUCAUGCCAACUGCCACAGAGGAUGAAGAAGUUGAUGUUGAGGAUAUUGAAGUCGAGAUUCCAGAUCGAGAUUCGGACACUGACCAGGACGAGGACGAAGAUGAAGUUGGCCAAGAGAUUGACGACGAUGAACGAGACUUUUUCCGGCGUGAGCUUGACGCCAUAGGAUGGGGCCUGGCUGGUCUGCGUAUCGGCGAUGGAACGGACGACGUUGCGUUUGGCGAGGAAGCCAUGGGUGUUAAUGGUGGGUCUUACGCUGGCAUGAAUGGUGUCGGCGCCGUAGGAAUUGAUCAGGGACAAGUGGCAGGAGGAAGCGGCACUCCGAUGCCGGCACCGCAACCGCAGUGGAUAACGCCAGACGCGACGAGUAUUGAGAAUUGGCAGAACAGUUAGGGGCUGACAUUGUCAAUAUCUCGGUCGUUUAAGGAGGGGCCUGAGUUGCCGGUUGGACCGUCGUCAGGUUAUGAUGCGGAAGAGCAAGAGCCGAGACCAGGGGGUGUGACUGAGGUUGAGUAUGUCGAGGAUAUCGAUCUUGAUGGCUGGGAAGGGCCAAGAAGAGAUUGAUAGUGCACAGGGCUCUUGGGGUAGGGUGCUGUCCUGUGCCGUUGUUAUCAGGCAUAUCGUUGGAAUUGAGGGGAUGCGGUUCGAAAGCAUAAAAUGAUCUGAUGUGAUCUUCUCACCUUAUCAACGUGUUGACCAUCAGAGCAGAGAGGGGCGAUUGGAGUUGACGAACAGCACAGACCCAACCAGACAAGGAAUCAUGCCCCUGCAGUGGUAUGGUCCGGGUGUUUCUAGUUUUUGUGUUCUAGCGCAUGGAUAUGGAGAGUAGGAGCGUGGAGCACUGACAGAGAGCAUAGGUAUAAGUCAGCCAGUACGAUUCAUAAGUUUCUGGUCUAAG